AUGGCCAAAUCGUCCAGUCUAAAGUUAAUUCAUUCUGGAAAUCACCUCCUGGCAAAGGUCCCAGGGCACGCAGCUCGUGCACCCUCCUAUCGGAAGUCACCAGGUCAAUAUCCACCACACCAGGGAACCAGGUGUCGCCAGAGCCUCUGCCAAUGUUACCAUCCGCAAAGGGCCUCGGGAGAAAGAAUCAUUACAGUCCAAAGCAGCCUUCCCAGCAUUAAAGCCAGCGCUUCUCAGGACAUAAGGCGAAGCCAGGCACUGUCCUGCGGCGUGGCGCCUGCGCUGGGGGCGAAGCCUGCUGCAGCUUCCUCUACCAAGUUGGUGAAGCCCAAGCCCACGGGCCAGCAGAGACCUGCUGCAAGUGCAAAAGCAGCUGUUAGCAGCAAGGUAGGUCAGCCCAAAGAAACUGCAGAACAGAGAAAAUCUGGUCUGAGUGAGUGGAAAGCUGCCAAAGAGAGGGUGCUGAAAAGGCCUCCUAACCCUGGGGUCAAGCAGCCUGAGCCCAAAGAGCAGGAGGAAACCCCGGUCGGGUCCUUCUGGACCACCAUGGCAGAAGAGGAUGAACAAAGAUUAUUUACUGAAAAAGUGAACAAGACCAUUUCUGAGUGCCUCAACCUCAUCAAUGCGGGAUGCCCAAAAGAAGAAAUAUUGGCCACAUUGAAUGACUUGAUUAAAAAUAUUCCAGAUGCCAAACAACUCGUUAAAUAUUGGAUUUGUAUUGCAAAAGUGGAAGCAGACACAAGCGCUCUCGAAGCCAUUAUUGCGAUCUAUGAGCAGGCCAUGCUGGCAGGGGCUCAGCCUAUGCAAGAGUUGCGGCACAUAAUCGCGGACAGUCUAGCCAGGAAAUGUCAAGAGGCUAAUCUUGGAGAAAAAACUGAAGAGGCUUAUGGAACCAAGGAAGAAACCCAAGAAGACAACACUGAAGAGAAAGGCCUUAAUCAGACACCAGUGAAACAGGAGGCGGAGAGCAGUGUGGCAUUUGCAGAUUGUGAAAAAGAACAAGAGGACAAAACGAAGGAUUCAGCCAGUGGUGUCCUAACCCCCAGUACAGAGGCUGGAUCAAGCAGCAUAAUUAAAUACAAUGUAUCUACCACACCAUGCUUGCAAAGUGCAAAAAAGAUGCAAUUUGAUGAAACAAAUUCUGUGUUUAAAGAACUCAAAUUUCUGACACCAGUGAGACGUUCGCGGCGCAUUCAAGAGAAGACAUCAAGAUUGCCAGACAUGUUCAAAGACCACUAUCCUUGUGUGUCUUCCCUGGAACAGCUGUCAGAGUUGGGAUAUGAAGCCGACGCUUUUGUCCGCCGCCCCAAUGCAGCACUCUGGCCCAUGUGCUCAGAUGAAUGCAGCAGAAGGGAAUAA